AUGUAUCAGAAGGAACCUGUUAUUCCUGGACCUAAUGAAUCCUCUUCAAAUGGGGCAUUAUCAACGUUCGAUCCUAGCGUAAUACAUAUCGUUGAAAUUAUUAUCAGACACUUAGAGUUUCUCAACAAGCUUAAUUGUAUUACUACUGUAACCCUUGAGAAUAUAAAAGAAAAAUUACCCAAACCAAUCGCACACGCAGCACCCCACGCACCACCUGAACCUUCGCCUACUUCAAUAUCGGGUGCAGGUGAUAAUUCACCUGUUCCUUCAAUCUCUUCGGAGCCUCAAAAAAAUCCUUCCCCGAAGAUAGGUUGUGAAGUAACAAUUUUAACUGAUCGUUCGUCACAACCUCCAUUUCAACAACCUCCAUUUCAGCAACCUCAGCAACCUCAACAAACUCAACAAAUUCCGAUAGUCGCUGAAAAUAUAAGAGGAGUUUUGCCUUUUCCUCCAAAUACUUCUUCGCCUGCAGAUCCACCUCGACCCAUUGAGCCACCUACUGAUAAAAAGAAUGAAGCUGUAAUUGAAAAAAAAGAACCCAUUGAACAGUUACCACCUUAUUGCAUUUCGGUUGUCGAGGCUUUAUGGGAUUUAAAUGGUGAUGACGAAGAUGAUUUGAAUUUUAAGAAAGGUGAUACUGUGGAAGUUCUUGAAAAAGUAAAUGAAGAUUGGUGGAAAGGACGUAUUCAAGGGACAAAUGUAGUUGGUAUAUUUCCUAAAGUUUACACUAAAGAAAUUAUAAAACCUGCAGUAACAAAUACGGCAACAAGUACGGUAACUAAUAGGGUAGCAAGCCCCGUAAGUAAUUUGGUAACGAGUCCCCUAAGUAUUACACCCGAAACAACCACAGUAAUUAAUAAUACGACGUAUGAUCAUCAACGACAAAUGAGCCAGACGGCAGUAUCACUUCAACAUCCAAUUAAUCAACAAUUUCCACAUCAACGACCUCAACAACCACCUCAACUACAACAACGAACAUUAGCACAAGCGCAAUCUCGUGGUUCAUUUAAUGAGACAUCCCAGUCAAUCUAUCAAACUUCACAACCACUACAAUCACAAAUUCCGCCAGGGCAAGGUUAUUUCAACCAAAAUUACCGCCCACAGCCACAAAAUUCCCAGACACAACCUGGUCAGUUUGUUAUGCAGCCAAUUCAACAACAAACAUAUCAAAAUGUACAAAACGUACCCACACAACGUAAUAUACCGAACUAUACAGGAGGAAAUUGA